UUCCUGAAAGCAAUAGCAGAUUUUAGUGUGAUCUGCUAAAACCAGAUUAUUUGUUUAUCAGUAUCUGGUGAUGUGGGUCUGAAAUCACCACCAAGUCAAGAUGUCUGAGAAAAAGAUGUCGUCGAGUCGGAAGCAUCAUCUGAAGAGCUUGAUGCUGUCCAUUGCUAAAGGUAUGCUGGAAGCUGAGGCAGUUGCAGCACAGGAAUCAAGGCAGACGUAUAUGGAUGAAACUUGUCCACCACUAGACCUUGGAGGAUCUGCAGCUGACCUUCAGGAGCUGUGCAAGAAGAUUAACUCAAAGAUAGACAAGGUUGAUGAGGAUCGAUAUGACUUAUUCAGCAAAGUGAGCAAAUCUGACAAAGAGAUUGAUGAUCUCAAGAUUAAAGUUCAGGACCUGCAGGGCAAGUUUAAGAAGCCAGCUCUGAAGAAAGUACGCAUGUCUGCAGACUCUAUGCUUCAGGCUCUGCUGGGCUCCAAACACAAGGUGAACUUGGACCUGAGAGCCAACCUGAAACAAGUCAAGAAGGAGGUCAAGGAGGAGUCUGUGGAACAAGUUGGUGACUGGCGUAAAAAUAUUGAGGAUAAGGCUGGUAUGGAUGGCAGAAAGAAGAUGUUUGAGACCUCCUAAAUUACCAAACAGCACAGAUGGUUGUUUUAAGUAGCAAGCAGGCAGUAGACUUUUUUUCUUCAACAAGUUAGUCUUUUUGUAUAUGACCUAAAGCUUAGAAAAGCUCUGAAUUUUCCAAGCAAUAAGUCAUUUGUUUUAUUUCUGUCUGCUGAACAGCAAUUAUUGUACAAGCACUAUUCAAGUUUACCAAAUAAAUAUUAAAGUAUAUAAAUGAU